GCUAUGGUGGCUUGUUACCCAGGUAACGGCACGGGGUACAUCCGUCACGUGGACAACCCUAACGGUGACGGCCGCUGCAUCACCUGCAUUUACUAUCUCAACAAGAACUGGGAUGUCAAGGUACAAUGGAACAUUGAGUCUCAUACAUCUGAUAUACUGUACUUUACUGUCCCACCAGAUUUUCCUUGGCAACCCUCCGGCUACUCGCCAGCCUCUCUAACCUCAAGGCUAUGGAUAAGACACUGUGCAUCUAACAGGAAACCUAUUUGUGCGUGUUGUCAGGUUCAAGGAGGUCUGCUGCAGAUCUAUCCAGAGGGGAAAGUGUGGUGGCCAACAUAGAACCGCUGUUUGACCGUCUGCUCAUCUUCUGGUCCGACCGCAGGAACCCACACGAGGUUAAGCCAGCCUACGCUACACGGUGAGUGACCAUACAUGCAGCCACGCACACAAAAACACAGGAGAGGCUAUAUACGGACACGCUUGGUGCCCAAAUUGAUGACGUAUGUCGCACAGCUGAGAGUCAAGUGGAGACAACGGAUUUGUUUGUCAGUUCAGUCAGUCAUCCUGAUGAGCCCUUCCCAGCUAGCUAAUUUAUGCUUGUGGCUAGAAAGUUCCGUGAGAAUUUGAAACUUGUCUGCCGAAGUUGUGACUUGGGAGAGUGUUCAGAGUCAUUCUGUUUUUAAAUCGGAGUAAUUGUUCAUUUUUUUGUAGACGUUAAUGCCGUAGUUGUACAUUUUCUGUGAAAACCAUGCUUUAGCUCUCAUCCUGGCCUGAUAUUGGCUAAACUAUCCAGCUACUUCCCUCUCCUUACUGCCAAAUCCACUCGACUCUCAGCUGCGUGACAUAUGUCAUCAAUUUGCGCACCAGGCGUGCCCGUAUAGCCUCUUUCCACACACACACACACAAAUGCAUGCUGACAUAGACUCACACUGGGGUCAGAGAGGUGAUACAGUAUGUACACUUACAAAGUCACUGCAUGCUCACUGAGACGCAAUGUAUUCAAUCACACACACAUACACACACACAAUUAAACACACAUACACAUGUCCCAUUGGUACUGUAUAUUCAAACUGAGAUUUACUAUGUGAUGAAGUAUGUAGUAUGCACUAAGGCACACUUAAAGACCCACAUAACCACAUCCACUCACCCCCCCCCCCACACUUCUUCUCUCUGCUGAGCCCUUAUAACCUCUAACCCACUUUACCUCAUUCACACACUGUACAGUACAGUAUAUGUUCACUAAAGGCUCCUAAUGGUGUUGGGGAAGCUUUUACCUGCUCUAUGAAAGGGAUACUUUGGAUUUGUCAGAUGAACUCAUGGAUACCAUUUUUAUGUCUCUGCAUCCAGUAUGAAGGAAGUUAGAGGUAGUUUUCGCGAGUCAAUGCUAACUAGCGUUAGCGCAAUGACUGGGGGUCUAUGGCAUCUACUAGCAUGCGCUAACGCUAGUUAGCAACUUCCUUCAAACUGCACGCAUAGACAUCAAAAUGGUAUCUGCGAGUUCAUCUGACUCUGGAGAAGUAGAUAAAGGGCUUCAUUGCCAAAAUCCCGAAGUAUCCCUUUCACAAAUUAUAGAUCCACUCAUGCUGAUGAUCCACUGUUGAGAGAAGUAUGAACUCAAUCAGAACCUAUUCAGACUCCUGCCUGAUGUUGUGAUCAUGCACAUGAUUUUUUCAUCUAUGUGCUGAAUCUUGGAACGCAUUAGUCAGAAGUACACCACAAAAAUGUGACAUGUCAUUAGCUUGAUUCUAGUUCAUUUGUUAGUCCUCUCCUCUCCUACUCUCCUCUCUGUCUGACAUCUAGGGGGUGAGGUGGGGCUCAGGACAGGAAGAACGUAUUUCCUGACUGGAGCGGGUCAGGGGUGGCGAGAGUGAGGGAGGAGGGCGGUAGGGGGGCAGUCGUCGGUUCAAUUGCAGCUCUCGUGCGUGCUUGAGGGAGAGAGACAGGAAUAAACAACACAACCCCACUGAGAAGCCCCACAGGAGAGGCAAUAACCCUAACUUAACCCUCCACUGUCCAGAAGCAGCUCAGAUUUAACCCUCCACUGACCAUAUAUAGCACAGACUUAACCCUCUCCUAUUCUUUCCAAUGCUGUACUAUACUGUACUGAAUUGGUCUGUUCUUGCUCGUGAGCUGAGAAUCUCUGUUGUCAGUCUGAUCAGAUCAUCUUGUGUGUUACAGCUAUGCCAUCACUGUCUGGUACUUUGAUGCCAAGGAGCGGGCCGAGGCCAAAGAGAAGUACAGAUUG